UCCAGGAAACUUGCCUCCUUCGGUUUAAAAUUUUUGUACAAAAAAAGUGUCCAAAUCUCGACCUACAACUAGUAGGUAGUAUCACUUGUUAUCGAUGCACGUCGGAUUUCAGUCGAGUAGCAGCAAGUACUUCAUCGAAACCAGUAGACGAGUAUUUUACUGCCCAAAAUUCAACAAAGACUGAAUCACCCCUGCCGAAGGUGAGGCUAAGAAAGAAGAUGUAAGGUAAUUGAAGAAAGAAAUAUAUACCUAUCGGGAAGAAGAGGCACGCCAAGCAAGUGAGAGAGGUCAAGGGAAAAUAAAAUUGCCUUUAUCGUACUUUCUUUCGCUGCUCAAAAAUCGCCCAGUGUGAACAAUGUAAAAGGAUGGUAAAAAAUUCCUAGUGUAUUAUGGGAAGAUAGUGAAAAUAAAAAGCAGUGAUUGAAUAAUGUCAAUUGAGAAGCACUUUGAAGACAAAUGGGAAUUUGAUUUGCUAUAUAUAACAUCGUUUGUUGCUGCGGUUUGUUUUAACUAAUUUAGUGAAAGUGCGAAUUGGCCUGAAUACGGAAUCUGACAUUUUCUCAUCAACAAUUAAAAACAAGGAAAAUUCAUUUGGGAAUAUUUUUGAAACAAAUAGCAGAACAAAAUGUCAAACCAUAUUCACAGUCAAAACACUGAUGCGGCUUUGAUUGCACAAAUGCAUCAGAUGCGAUUAGAGGGGAAUACCCCAGGGUCAAGUGCAGUUCGGAUGGCACCUCCCCAGGCAGCGACUCUGCAAGGACUUCCAAGAGCUCAACACCUGGGACAACUGCAGAUGGAGAAUCAUUACGUUCCCGUCGCAUCCGGUAUCGGUCAGGGAAAUAUUGUUAUCAUGAACGAUCCUCGUAUUUACGAAAAGUAUCAAAACCAGAUGGUGGCAGCCUCCUCAGCCAGUAGGAAACCAAGCGAUACUGCGCAUGUUGGAUAUUAUCGUGUUAGUAAUAGCCCCACCCAUUCACUGGGAGGGUCUUCACAUCAUUCCGGUGGUGGUGGAAGUCCGCGAACGAUUGCACCCCCACCAAUAUCACAAUACUACGAUCCUCGUUAUCAAGCAGUGUACGAGAAUAUAGACUAUUAUCCGCCGCUUCAACAGCAGCAAAUCGACAAUUUGAUAUACGAGAGGAAAUUUGAAUCGAGCAAUGUCAAAGCUCAACCUCAAGUUCCAGUCGGAGCUGGAAUGCCUCAAGCGCCAUCCAACGGAAGUGCUGGAAGAUAUGCUCAUACUCCUCAACCGCCAGAGCUACUGGAGCAGCCUCCCAUUUACGAAAACUUACACGGUGCAACCGGCCAACAAGCUCAACCACAAGCUUCCAAGGCUUCAACGCAAAUUUAUUAUCACAGAAACGAAGCCAGUAGUCCGCAAGUACCCCACAAUUCUCAAUAUCAGACGGGUGAUCUGCCGAUUUACGAAGCGACAGCUGUGAACCCCAGUGCAAACUCAAGAUACGUCACAGUUAGUCAGGGAGUCUCGCCAGGAGCUUAUCAGCACUCACCAACCAGCAGUAAUAUUUCAUUGAAGAUUGCCCAACAACCUCAACCAGUUCACUUGCCGAAUGUAAAAUACCACGCAACCGGUGUUCCGAUUUCAGCUGCACUUCCUUACGACUAUCAAAAAUCUCCGAAACAUUCCGCAGCAGCUCCAUCUUUGCCGCCGAAGUCUGCCGACGCUGGUAAAUCUCAGCAGAGCAAAACCAACUCUCCGUCAAGGAGCAGCUCCAUUUCGAAUAAAUCAGUCGUCGAAGACAUCAACGGAUCCGACUACGUUUGCAUGACCGGUGGCAGCAAGUAUCAACAGCAAUACUCGGCAUCUCCUCAGGCAACAUCAAUGCAACAGUCCGGUAAAAACUUUCCGACUGCCAACGCUGGAUCCAGCGGACAAGCUGCAUCACCUUCCGGAAACGAACGUCAUUACGCAACUCUUCGCGAUUUGGACAACGCAACAAACAAACCAUCAGCGACAAACUCAGCUCCCGGUAGCAGAUCUGGCAGUGCCCAAAACUCAUUUUCCGGACAACCUGGAACCACCACCGCUUCCAGAAAUACUUCGGCAGUUUCUCCAACACCUUCACAGCUGAGCACCGGCAGCGGAUCGGGCAAACAGUUGUUACCGCCAGGGUUGACAAAAAAUCUGCUACCCUACAACGUAACGCCACCGCGUCCCACCGGACCAACCGAGGCCGAGCGAAAGAUCGAAGAACUAACCAGACAGCUGGAGGAGGAAAUGGAGAAAAACGAAGAACAAGGAGAAUAUUUCGGAAUUUGUCACACAUGCAAGGAAAAAGUAACCGGUGCCGGAGCAGCAUGUCAAGCUAUGGGCAAUCUGUACCAUACCAAUUGUUUCAUCUGCUGUUCCUGCGGCCGAGCGCUUCGGGGUAAAGCAUUCUACAACGUUCACGGUAGAGUUUACUGUGAGGAAGAUUACAUGUACUCGGGCUUCCAACAAACUGCGGAAAAAUGCGCCAUCUGUGGCCACCUAAUUAUGGAGAUGAUCCUGCAGGCUAUGGGCAAAUCGUACCAUCCGGGAUGCUUCCGGUGCUGCGUGUGCAAUGAGUGUCUGGAUGGCGUUCCGUUCACCGUGGAUGUGGAUAACAAAAUCUACUGUGUUAACGACUAUCACAGCAUGUUUGCACCGAAAUGUGCUAGUUGUGGAAAAGGUAUCACACCUGUGGAAGGUACGGAGGAAACCGUUCGGGUCGUUGCCAUGGACAAGGACUUUCACGUGGAUUGCUACAUCUGCGAGGAGUGCGGCAUGCAAUUGACGGAUGAGCCGGACAAACGAUGUUAUCCGUAUGAUGGCAGGCUUAUGUGUCGGUCAUGCCACAUUCAAAAAAUAUCAUUGCAAGAUAUGCACGGACGGAUGGUCGAGCCGGUUUCGGCCACAUAUCAAUAUAUGGGUUAAAAAGGGAAUAUGAACUACGGAACAUAAAUAGAAUUUCUUAACGGCAGAUUGGAAACUUAUCUAUGAUGAACUCUAAGCAUUUUUAAUUCUAUAGAGUAUGAACAAUUAAGUCACUAGCAGGAAACAAUAGCACACUGCCAAUAAACUAAAACGCAGCUUCAAAGGAACAGAUAACUCAGUUUCAACUUGCUAAAUGCUUUCCAAAGUUAAAGUCAAUAACUAUUACGACCAAUGCAAAAUUUGAGCUAGAAACAUUACAUUAAAUCUUGUCAUUAUAUAACCAUUGAACUCAAUUUUUAAAAACAUACUUAAACCUACAAACAUGAAAUGAAAACACACCGCUUCAUACCGUUCUUGAUCAAGCAUCUGUAUUUAUAUGGUUGAAACAAUACAUUCAAAUUAUCAUAAACGAAUAACAUUCCAUUACUGCCCGUCGUCCGGUGGGACGCUUUCUGGCAGCUUAGUUUAUUGUUGUCCGCUUGCUAGAUACUCCAGUAAACUGUGUAAGACAUAAAUCAUUUAUUGGGUUACGCUUAGUGUAUGGCAAGCAU